AUGGGAGCUCCGGCCUCUGCCGGGGCGACCUCGACGGCUGCGGCAGGGCAGCCGACUCGAUCCUCGAGCACCCACCCGUCGCACUCCCACAAUGUUCCUCUGAGCGCUCGCAGGUCUGCGCCUCUAGAUCUUUCCACCGUGGAAAGGCGGGGCCAGCCGAACAACCCUCGUGAACCCUCCAAGCGCAUUCGUCCUCACGGGAUCCCAGAAGCCCCGACUUUCCGGCCGACAGAAGAGGAAUUCAAAGACCCUGUGGCCUACAUUCAGAAAAUUGCCCCCGAAGGCAAGAGGUAUGGAAUUUGCCGAGUGAUUCCACCCGAGGGAUGGCAGCCUACAUUCGCAAUCGAUACAGAGCGAUUUCAUUUCAAAACCCGUCGACAAGAGCUAAAUUCCGUGGAAGGAGGGAACCGCGCAAAUAUGAACUAUGUUGAUGGACUCGCCAUGUUCCACAAACAGCAUGGGACAAACUACAGCCGACUCCCCAGUGUCGAUAAGCGGCCAUUGGAUCUCUACAAGUUGAAGAAAGCAGUCGAAAGUCGUGGCGGUUUUGAAUCUGUGUGCAAGACGAAAAAAUGGGCCGAGAUCGGUCGCGACCUCGGGUACAGCGGCAAAAUCAUGUCUUCGCUGUCCACUUCGCUCAAGAACUCCUACCAACGCUAUCUUCAGCCCUAUGAGGAAUACUUAGCCCGCGCCAAACCCGGCGUUCAACAGCAGCUUGAGCUCGAACAUGGUGGUCCGUACACCCCUUCGCCUCUACCAUCUCCCAUGAACAUGAUGCAAAAGCCCAUGUCGGAAGACAAUGGUACACCCUCGAAAACCCGUGACGAGACUCCUGGCCUGCCUCGAAUGGCCGCUUCGCACACGCCAAUGGCCCACACUCCCAUGGCACAUACCCCGAUAAGCCACACCCCCAUCGCGCAUACUCCGGUGGAAAAGUCCCCAGAGAAGCUAACACCCACCGUCGAAUCUGGUCCUCGCCCGGCUGCCCCAGGCUUUACUUCUGUCAACAAUGUCGGCCUUGGUGGCUUCACCGCCGUUAACCGCUCUCCUUUCAACCUGGUGAAUAAUGGGCCACCAAUCAAGCGUGAAGGGGAGAAUGGUGUAUCGGGGCCCCAGGUUGAUCCCGAGCAACCUCUUAUUUCUACACCCGUCAAUGGCGAAAAGGAAGAGCCUCUGAAGCGUUCCAUCAGCCAUGAUGAAAGUUCCCUGGCUGACAAUGGCGAUGACGAGGAUGGCGAAAAUGGGCGUCGCAGCAAGCGUCUCAAGAGAGAUUCGCUCCCAACAGUCGCUGGCUCCCACAUGUCGCUUCUUCGCCCAGCCCCACCUAAGCCCCGCAAAGAGGGUUCUCAACCAGUCGGAGAGAAAUGCGAGACUUGUGGCAAGUCAGAUAGCCAAGAGUCGAUUCUUGUGUGUGACGGUUGCGAACUUGGGUAUCACAAAGCUUGUUUGGACCCAUCCACAACAACUCCGACAGAACAUGACUGGCACUGUCCCAAGUGCUUGGUUGGCACUGGGGAGUUUGGAUUUGAAGAUGGUGGUGUUUACUCGCUCAAGCAAUUCCAAGAAAAGGCAAAUGAGUUCAAAAAGAAGUAUUUUGCCUCAAAAAUGCCUUUUGAUCCCGUACUCAACACACAUCGACGUGAGACUGAGGAUGACGUCGAAGCUGAAUUCUGGAAACUUGUUGUCGACCUACAUGAAACAGUUGAGGUUGAAUAUGGUGCUGAUAUUCAUUCCACCACUCAUGGAAGUGGUUUCCCGACCAUUGAACGCAACCCGCUAGACCAGUUUUCCUCCGAUCCUUGGAAUUUGAACGUGCUCCCAUUCUACGGAGACUCGCUCUUCCGUUACAUCAAGUCUGAUAUCUCCGGCAUGACCGUCCCCUGGGUCUAUGUUGGCAUGUGCUUCUCAACUUUCUGCUGGCAUAAUGAAGACCACUACGCCUACUCAGCCAACUAUCAGCACUUUGGUGCUACGAAGACUUGGUAUGGAAUUCCGGGUGCUGAUGCCGAGGCUUUUGAGACAGCUAUGCGAGAUGCAGUUCCGGAGCUCUUUGAGGGCCAGCCAGACCUGCUUUUCCAGCUUGUGACUUUGAUGCCACCAGACAAACUUCGCAAAGCUGGUGUCAACGUCUAUGCAGUAGAUCAGCGGGCUGGUCAAUUUGUGCUCACCUUCCCUCAAGCGUACCACGCAGGCUUUAAUCAUGGAUUCAAUUUCAACGAAGCUGUCAAUUUUGCUCCCGCAGACUGGGAACCCUACGGCGCCGCCGGCGUUGAGCGUCUUCAGAACUUCCGCAGGCACCCGUGUUUCUCCCACGACGAAUUACUGCUGACCGCUGCUGCACGCGAUACUUCCAUCGCCACCGCCAAGUGGCUGGCGCCCGCACUGGCAAGAACAUGUGUUCGAGAGCUCGGUGCAAGGGCCGCUUUCCUUUACCAACAAAAGGAAGCAUUUGUUCGCACCCCCGGCUCUGGUAUCGAGUCUAUGGCGGAGACCUUCCAGCCGAAGUUCGUAGUUGAAGAUGAAGAUCUUCCCGAGGAUGACUAUCAGUGCCAGCAAUGCAAGGCUUUUGCUUACCUCACCCAGUUCCGUUGUCACAAAUCAGGCAAAACUGUGUGUGUCUCACACGUGGAGACCUUUGAUUGCUGUGACCAAUCUCAUACUCAGAAAUUGUGUGGCCCUGACCAUACCCUGCGUUAUCGCAUGAGUGACGAUGCACUGCAGGCGCUUGUGCAGAAAGUCCAAGAACGCGCCAGGAUCCCGGAAGCAUGGUCUGAAAAGCUCGACAAAACAUUGGAGGAUGAACCCAAGCCGCAGCUUAAGGCCCUUCAUAACUUGCUCAAUGAAGGUGAGAAAAUCCCGUACCACUUGCCUGGCCUACAAGAUCUUGCGGCAUUCGUCCAGCGUUGCGAUAAAUGGGUUGAGGAAGCCAACAAUUACAUUACCCGGAAGCAGCAAAACAGGAGAAAAAACGAGAAGGCUUGGCGCAGAGCCAGUACCAAGGCAGCGCAGCUGGACGACCGCGAUCGUGAAGUCCGCAGGGUUGAACACAUCUAUGCCCUACUGGCAGAGGCUGAUAAACUUUCAUUCGACUGUCCACAGAUGGCGGCGUUGGAAGAGAAAACCCGCGAAAUCGAGAAAUUCCGUCAGGAUAUAAAUGGUGCCUUGAUGAACCCGCACACACGGCCAAUCCAGGAGGUUGAGGAGCUGAUCGAAGCUGGCAAAAACUUCAAUGUUGAAAUCCCGGAACUGGAGCACUUGGAGCAAGUUUCCCGCCAAAUCAAAUGGACCGACGAAGCUGCCCGCAGGCGAGAUAAGUACAUGAGUCUCAAGGAUUGCCAUGAACUUGUGGCUAGUGCAGAGCAGCUAGGCCUUUCUGAGACCAAUGAACACCUGGUUCAUUUUAAGGAACUUGCUCGCCAUGGCGAUGCGUGGGAACUUAAGGCCAGGGAGUUGAUGGCGGUCGAGGCUGUGCAUUACCAACAACUCGAAGCUCUUUCUGCACAGGCAGCCCGUUUCCCAGUCAAUCCGGAAACACUCGCUGCUGUUGAAGCCAUUCUGACCAAGCAGCGCGAAGCUCAGAGGCGGAUCCAGACUCUGUACGAAAAGAGUAAGGAUCCCGAGAUGAAGAACCGGCCAAAAUACAAGGACAUCCGCGAUCUCAUGGAAUCCCUUGAACAUCUGACCAGUCGACCAAUCGGAGCAAUUGACUUGGAGCGAGAGCAAAAACGCCAUGAAGACUGGAUGAGAAAGGGCAAGAAAUUAUUCGGCAAGGCAAACGCUCCUCUCCACAUAUUGAGAUCCCACAUGGAGUACGUUGAGAAGCGAAACUCGUACUGCUUCGAUCUGGAAGAUAGCUACCGACCCCCUGUGGAGCCUUCUUCCAGAGAUAACUCGCCAGAAGGCCUACUUGAAAACACCGGCAAUCCCAAUCCGUGGGGCCCAAAGUCACGGAAAAGAGACGUGUUCUGUAUUUGCCGGCACUCUGAAGCGGGAAUGAUGAUUGAGUGCGAGGUCUGUCACGAGUGGUAUCAUGGCAAAUGUUUGAAGAUUGCGCGCGGCAAAGUUAAGGAGUUUGACAAGUACACUUGCCCAAUCUGCGAUUGGCGACAGAAAAUUCCCCGCGAUGCUGCUCGCCCCAAGCUGGAGGAUCUCCAGGAUUGGCACGCGGAAAUCGCAACUCUGCCCUUCCAGCCGGAAGAGGAAGAAGUUCUCGAAAGCAUUAUCAACCAGGCGACUGCUUUCCGCGAUUUCCUGCAUGGUUUCACCAAUGCUGCCUGCACAACAACGGAAGAGGUGCCCACUUUGAUAUUCUACCUGCGCAAGAUUGAGGGCGCCGAGGUUCUCUUGACAUUCGAGACCAACUUCUUCCGACAGGAGAUUCAUAAGUGGGCACCUGUCGCCCCGGAGCCUCCACCAAUCCUGGAACAGUCCUUGUCGACUCGAAAGCCCCGCCCCACCAAGCAACAGAAAAUAAUGGCCCAGCUUGGAGUGAAUCGUCCAGAGGAUCUCCCGGAGCAUCUUCGCCCUAAGCACCUUGGUGUCACAAAACGCAAAUCUGUCGAUGCCACACAGCCAGGCCAACACCCACCUCCUUCUCUGCAGCCAGCGCCACCAACUCCCAGCAAUGAACAACCUACCGCAACAGUCCCAACUUUGGCUCAAAUGUCAGAUCCAAAUACUGCCCCAUACCCCUUCUCUGCCAAUUAUUCUUUGCCUGCUAGCGAUUCCACGCCCGCUUUUGCGCCUACCUCCUCCUCAGCUUUCCUCCCUCACGCCGCCGCUUCUCAGUCCCCCUCUUUCCUACCUCGGUCUCCUCCUCCGCAACAAGAUAUCGAGACAUCCCUCUUCAGUCCCCCACGAUUUGGUCAUGAUCCUCAAUUCGCGAGCAGCAGUCCGCGUCAGAAUCUGGACGAUGUGUUUGCCGAUUUGACCAAUCAAGAGAUCGAUCCUGACGCUGAGCCCCAGCCAAUGGACAAUACUCAUGCCAACGAGGCCCUGGAGGCCCUGGUCGUUAGCAAUGGUAGCAGUCGUGCUGGUUCCGUCCCCGAAGAAUCAGUUCCACCUGCCGAACCCCACGAUGCUUCUAGGCUCGAGGACACCAAUGGAAACGCUGACGAUGAAGAACUUUGA